AUGAAUGUCAAUAUUCUGUUAGUGGCCUUUGUAGUUUGUGGCCUUCUAGGGGCCUGCCAAGGAGGCCAUCUGAGGAAGAAUUUCUACCGGAGCACGUGUCCUUCAGCAGAGGAGAUUGUCAGAAAUGUCACCUGGAACCAUGUCUCCAGUAACCCCAACUUGCCAGCAAAGCUCUUGAGAAUGCAUUUCCAUGACUGUUUCGUCAGGGGUUGUGAUGGCUCAGUUUUGUUGAAUUCGACAGCAAACAACACGGCAGAGAAGGACGCAGCUCCAAACUUAUCUUUGGCAGGUUUUAAUGUUAUUGAUGAUAUCAAAGAAAACCUAGAGAACAAGUGUCCAGGAAUUGUAUCUUGUGCUGACAUCUUGGCUUUGGCUGCCAGAGACUCUGUUUCAUUCCAUUUCAAAAGAUCGUUGUGGAAAGUGCUCACGGGUAGAAGAGACGGCACAAUUUCACGAACUAGAGAGGCCUUGAUCAACAUUCCACCACCUGCCUUCAAUUUCACCCAACUCAAACAGCGCUUUGCCAGCAAGAAUCUUACAGUACAUGACCUUGUGGUUUUAUCAGGUUCACACACAAUUGGAGUAGGGCACUGCCCCACCUUUAGCAACAGGCUCUACAACUUCACUGGAAAGGGUGACCAAGACCCUUCUCUGAAUGCAACCUAUGCUGCAUUCCUCAAGACUAUAUGCCCAAGCCUCAACGACACUACAACCACUGUGGAAAUGGACCCUGGGAGCUCUUUAAAAUUUGACACUGGCUACUAUGCCACCCUCAAGCAGCACAAGGGACUCUUCCAAUCUGAUGCAGCCCUUUUAACAAACAAGGGUGCCGCCAAUAUCGUCCAGGAAUUGGGUGACAAUGACAAGUUCUUCACAGAGUUUGCUCAAUCAAUGGUGAGGAUGGGAGCCAUUGAGGUCCUCACAGGCACGUCCGGUGAGAUUAGGAGCAAAUGUUGGGCUGUGAAUUCCAAUUAA